AUGCAAGUUCUAUCUAUCUAUCUAUCUAUCUAUCUAUCUAUCUAUCUAUCUAUCUAUCUAUCUAUCUAUCUCAUGACUCUAUCUAUCUAUCUAUCUAUCUAUCUAUCUAUCUAUCUAUCUAUCUAUCUAUCUACUCAUUUUUCUCUUGAAAAUAUCCACUUCUCAUUCAUUCAUUCAUUCUGUCUGUCUGUCUGUCUGUCUGUCUGUCUAUCUAUCUAUCUAUCUAUCUAUCUAUCUAUCUAUCUAUCUCAGUUUAUUCAUAUGCAUGUAUGUAUGUAUGUACGUAUGUAUCUAUUUCAGUUUAUUCGUAUCUAUCUAUUCAAACCAGAUUUUAAUGUAUAUCUAUCUAUCUAUCUAUCUAUCUAUCUAUCUAUCUAUCUAUCUAUCUUAGCCUCUUCCUGUGUAUGUAUGUAUGUAACUAAAUAUCUAUCUAUUUCUGAGUAUAUUCAUAUCUAUCUAUCUAUCUAUCUAUCUAUCUAUCUAUCUAUCUAUCUAUCUAUCUACUCAUUUUUCUCUUGA